AUGCACUUUCCUAGGGCGAUAUGGUUGCUCGUUGCCGGUAUAGGGACCGUGUUCGCCGUCUCUGAUAUACUAGAAGUGAAUCUGGUUUUCCCACAAAACGACACAUAUGCGCCUAACGACUCGUUCCCUAUUGUCUUCGCUUUCAGGAAUUCCGAGCGCGCAAGAUACCUAAACCCUUCACUUGAGUACCUUUUAUGGGAUGAGAAUGGGGAUGAGGCCCUCCCAGUGCGGCAUGAACUUAGAUGGGUUAACUGGACUGACCAGGACACCUAUUUUGCAUACAAAUACUCGAGAUCCCUCCGCAGGGAGAGUUUUUGGAAGGUACUCUGGACCCUGAGCUGGGAUAGUUGCGCCGAGGACUCAACACAAUAUGGCAGCAAGGUGGUCUACAACACGACCACCAAAGCGACCUGGUUCACCACCAAGAAUUCCGCCCCAAAGCUAGACCCCAUUGCUGCUACAGCCAAUAGGACAUGCCUCGGGCAAUCCGGCGUGGCAAUCAAUGUGUCCGACAGAACUAUGUAUAUCCCCGGUGAGGGUUGGUCUGGCGGUCAGUACACCAAUCAUACAUGCGCUGUAGUGGCGGCCUCCCCGACUCCUACAACAAAUCCUUGUCGGUCCCAAAUUGGCAAUGCCACUGUCGCAAGCAUGGAGGCCUCUCUCAAAGCCUGGCAUUGCAAUAUCACUUUUGGCCAGGCAGCCGAUUGCCCGGAUAAAAACAAUGUCGCACAAAAACUGGCUGUGGCUGGUAUAUCCUGCUUGCUAGCACUUUCUGGGGCGUUGAGUUUCUUUCUUAUGUGA